CUAUAAAUAUUUAAAAUGACAUAUAUUACUAUUAUGUAUAGGACUUAUGCAAUACAAAUCUCAUAAUAUUACCACAAUUUCUCUCGAGAAUAAAAUAAUUAUCGCUACGCCACUGCACCCGGCAGCUGUUAUUGAUUAGAGGAGCGAUAAAAAUCCAGUCAACGCAAUUAUUGACAAUAGUACACGCUCUAGAGGCUUUAAAGUUAUCUAACAUCAAUCAAUUGGUUGGAUUCAUCUAUAGGGCCUGUAAAUUACGGGCAAAACCAUCCCAAAAACCUCAUAGAACUUCUAAAACAUGGCUAAGUUGGACGAACGUAUCGGCUUCAUAGGAGGCGGAAACAUGGCUUUUGCCAUUGGAUCCGGACUUGUGCGCUGCGGGAUCGUAAAGCCCAGCCAAGUGAUGGUCUCCGGUCCGCAUAUCGAGAACCUGAAGCGCUGGAGGGAUCUUGGUGCUGUUACAAGCGACGACAACUAUGAAGUCCUGGAACACCAGGAUAUUGUUUUUAUCUGCGUUAAGCCGCACAUUCUCACGACCUGCGCAAAUCAGUUAAAGUGCAAGCACGUGCGGUCGGAGAAGGACGCCAACAAGCUGAUUGUGUCUGUAUUGGCGGGUACCAGUAUCGGAAAGUUGGAGGAUGCUUUCUAUUUUAUGGGAGAACUGAAAGUAAUCCGCACCAUGCCGAACACCUCCAUGCAGGUGGGAGAGGGCUGUACCGUGUACACGGGCAACACUCGUGUCUCCCGUCACGAUCUAGAGAAGGUUCACCUAAUGCUCAACGCCCUGGGCUUAGCCCAACAGGUGCCAGAGCCCAUGAUUGACGCCGUGACAGGCGUGGCAGGAUGCGGACCUGCCUUUGUCUACACCAUUAUCGAGGCCCUGGCCGAUGGCGGGGUCAAGCAGGGCGUUCCGCGCCAAAUGGCUAUACAGUUUGCUGCUCAAACACUGCUGGGAGCUGCCAAGACGGUGCUCCUCACCGGAAAACACCCAGCAGUGCUGCGGGAUGAAGUCUGCUCUCCCGGUGGCUCCACCAUCGUGGGCGUCCACGAACUGGAAAAGGGAAACCUCAGGGCUACUUUAAUAAACGCCGUGGAAAAGUCGUCACAGCGCUCCGCUGAACUUGGAAAGAAGUGAAUCUUCAGAUCCUUUUAAACCUCCUUUGCUCUCUACUUAUAAAGUAAAACGCGUGGUAUUGAUAUUACAAUAAUGACAAACAUAAAGCUUGA